CCGGCUUGGUUGCUGCGGGUGGUGCGGAUGGCCAUAUGCCCAUGGCAUGUGUGAACACCGUGCAGAAGCGCCAAAUGAUGUGGCCGAAGGAGAAGCAAUGACGAAGUUGAUGGACCGAUGGAAUGAUCACAUUCACCAAGAUCUCCUGCCCAAGAGUGGCAGUUUCCAUCUGUACGGUGGUGGUCCGGCCGAAGAUGAACUUUUCGUGCAGUUCCGUCGCGGCUUCGCGGAGCGCGCGCGCCGCGCGCUGCCGUGGCGCUCGAUGCUGGGAAGGGUGAAGAUCGUGAUCAUCAGUUGUGGCUAUAGACCAGAUGAUCUUUGGGAUGAGUUGGGAGAUGUGACUGAAGUCUCUCUCCAAAGCAGAGCGGAUGCGGACUCGGCUCACGUGUCCAGUCUCAUCGAUGCUGCUCAGUGCGUUUGGUUCACGAGUGGCGACCAGAGCUGCCUGCGGGGUGUCCUGCGCGGCACGGCUCUGGAGAAGGCGCUGCAGCGGCUCCUGCAGCGCCACGGCGCUGUGGGCGGCACCGCGGCAGGGGCGUCCGUGCUGUGUGCACUUUGCCCCAACUUUGACGAGAUCAUGGAAGGGCUGGACCUGAUCCAAGGUCUAGCGCUGAGCCACCUCCUCCGUCGGCAACGGCAGCACCGCCUCCGGGCCAUUUGCGAUUGCUUCCGCCCCGCUUGGGGUUUGGGCUUGGACGAGGGUGCCGGCUUGGUCCUGACGCCCAAGAAGCUCCAGGUCAGCUGCUGGUCCCCAGUGCUGAUGGUACGUCAUGUGGAUGACGAAUGUAUGGCAGCUCUUUUACCCCCUGGUUUUCAGGGAAAUCUGCAGGAGUUGCAGCGCCGGAUGCGGCCGUUUGGAAGCAUCAACUGGGCGCCUGAAGUGGCGAUAGCACGAGGCGAGGAGAUGUGGAGCGUUCAGUGGUGCUCGAAGAAGGCGUUGGCAGAUGGACCCAUCGAUGAGGUGCAAACGAACGCGACCUUCGAAGAUGUCCACUGCCACCACUUCCUCAGCUGGAAGCUGCCUAUGGAGGACGCAUGCGAUGCUCUUUGUUUCAGCAGCCAUUCAUACCUGUCCAUCUCUUUUGACUUGGAUGACUUGCCCUUGUUGUGCUGCCUCUCGCUGGUGUACCGCACGGGUGAAGGUGGGCAACCAGAGGGAGUGGAGAUCCUUUUGAAUGGCCACCUGGUGAACGGUGAUCAGACUCAGCUCGUGGUCUUGCCCUACAAGUUCGUGGCGAACAGCUUGAUCAUCCCCAUGGGCACCCUCCGCCUCGGCCAGAACAUGCUUCGCGUGGUGGCGUCUUCCGACGUCAAGUCGCAAUCGUGGAGCUUACUUUCGGGUCAAGCAGAGCUGCGGACCCCACGCAGGAGAAGGAGCUCUGAGUCGCCCAGCUCCACUCCACGUUGGGGUUACCUCCAUCGAGGAGGUCCAGGGGAUGAUUUGAGUGAGGUCGAGGAGCCAGUGCGGCUGAACAUCUAUGACCUCGGGAAGAGCAAUACGGUGCAGAACCUCAACGGCUGGCUGAAGCCGGUAGGCAUUGGAGCCUUCCAUUGCGCUGUCCAGGUCUAUGGCGUUGAAUGGAGCUAUGGCCGUUCGGAGGAAGGACCACAGGAUCCGCAACAAACUGGAGUCUGGAGCUGCCUCCCUCGCAUGUGUGAAGACCACACCUUUCGCGAGGUGGUCGCCAUGGGAAGUAUCUCCAUGUCAGAAGACGAAACAGUAGAGCUGAUCUACAGCCUGGCGGAGGACUGGCCCAUGUCCGACUAUGACCUCCUGAAUAAGAACUGCUGCCAUUUCUGUGAGGAGCUAUGCCAAUCCCUUGGUCUUGGGCCGUUGCCGAGCCGAGUGAAGAAAUUGGCUGGCUUGGGUGCCACCUUGAACGAAACUGCUGUAGUGGCUGCAGACCAAGUCUACCAGGCACGCGGACACCUUCGACGAAUGGUUGUACCAGGUUGGCGUCUUGAUGCACGGGAUGUUUUCGUGAGACUGCAGAUCUAGAGCAUGUGAACGCGAUGGUUGCAGGUCAUGAUGCGUGCUCUGACGUCUUAAGUCCUUGUCUUUUCUGAAGUAAGGCUCUAUAGGUGGCCAAACCGUAGUGGGAAUUGCACAUGAACAUGAAGGGUGGUUUUCUUCUUGGAAUUUGUGAGGAGUUGAUGGUUGGAGGUCAGGAUACUUUUUUCGGCUUUCUCAACUUGCUGCCAAACAAAACCUAUGCCAUGCCGCCUUCCGCCUCACGCGACGAUGCCUUCUUGGGUGCCAUCCCUCAGCGCAAAAGAAGGACUGAUCGCCGCCGUGAGGGCUCCUCAAAUCCCUUCUUGAGGUUGGUCGCAGGUUGCCAACUUGCAUGAAGUGAUGCUUGCAGGUCGUGCAAAAUGACGCUCCCUUGGGUUGAAACAGCGGAACUCUCGAGACACGGAACGUGCGGUCGCCUUCACUGAUCCACGAGGUCCUUCACUGAGCCGUAUGGACCGGGACCGCCGAUUUCGUGCGUGCGCCGGUCGCAGGUGGCCUCCAAAGUGAAGUCCGACCUCGUAGGUAGUUCCCUCCUUCCGGAAGAGGCGCUGGUUAUGUCGCGACCACGCUGGCAGUUUCUGCUGUGAACGGCCUGUCGAACCGGCGGAGCCGCACUGAGCUGGAUGGAAAAAGGGGCUCCAUUCAGCGUGAUCGAUGCGAAGCGAAGUGGAGUGGGAGAUUGGAGGAUGUCAUUUGUUGCUGGUUUUUUUUUGCUUCCGGAUGAAGGGAUGACGUGCAGGUGCAAAAAGUCUUCUAGACCAUACCAAACACGAGCA